CUUGAUGUGGUGCGCAUCUUAUCGACCGAGAAUACCGAUUUCUGAACAUUUCGGCCUUUUUCCCCGGUUCACCGAAGGCUGUGUUUUCCUGCAAGCGGCUGCAAAGGGGAGCGGGUUGCAUUGUCGUCGCGGGGUUAAAGUGAAAGAUUAUAUCGGUCAGUAGCCUAUUAUGACAAACGAAGAUGACACACAUCCAGAAAGAGCCGUAUUUGUUUUGUAUGGCGAUAUGAGGCAGGGGGUGGAGAGUCGCCACAGAGACGCUGGGCUCCGGCCAAACAUCACCGCAUUUUAGCACUUAUUCGAUGCUCGGGCUUUGCAUUGCAUUGCAUUUGCUGCAUCGUUGAUCGGCCGUGUUUUUGCAGAGUGCAUGGUGGAAAAUGCAGCUUGUUUGAGGACAACCCCCCUCCAAAUAUCCAUUGCUGCCAUGAUAGGCAGAGGUCUGCUCUCGACCGCGGCUCGGCCGGUUGGAGAAGAGGCAGACUGAUUUGGGACGGUGGGUCGCAUAUGCAGAUGUUAUUCUGUCUGUGGAGCCUGUAAAUAGCAUCCGCGCAAACACACCGUGAUUCUUACUCAGGGAAAAAGGAGAAAGAGAACAUGUCUUCUCGGUCUGCAUUACCGUCUGGAAACGACAGGAGUACUGGAGACCAUCAUGUGUCGCUGGGUGCCAGCCGCUCAGACAAGGCCACCAGCCAGUCCAGCCGCUCGUUGGGCGCCCGGUGCAGGAACUCCAUUGCUUCCUGCUCCGACGAGCAGCCGCACAUCGGCAAUUACCGACUGCUCAAAACCAUCGGCAAGGGAAACUUUGCCAAAGUCAAGUUGGCCCGCCACAUCCUGACAGGCAAGGAGGUUGCAAUAAAAAUCAUUGACAAAACUCAGUUGAACCCAACCAGCCUACAAAAGCUCUUUCGGGAGGUACGAAUAAUGAAAGGCUUAAAUCACCCUAACAUAGUGCAGCUGUUCGAGGUGAUUGAGACCGAUAAGACCCUUUACCUAAUCAUGGAGUAUGCCAGUGGAGGUGAAGUGUUUGACUACCUCGUGUCUCAUGGGAGAAUGAAGGAGGUUGAAGCCAGAGCCAAAUUUCGACAGAUCGUUUCUGCUGUCCACUACUGCCACACGAAGAACAUUGUCCACAGAGAUCUGAAGGCGGAAAACCUUCUGCUGGAUGCCGAUGCCAACAUCAAGAUCGCCGACUUCGGCUUCAGCAACGAAUUCACGCUGGGCAACAAGCUGGACACGUUCUGUGGCUCGCCGCCCUAUGCUGCCCCCGAGCUUUUCCAGGGCAAGAAGUAUGAUGGGCCUGAGGUGGACGUCUGGAGUCUCGGAGUCAUCCUCUACACUCUGGUCAGCGGCUCGCUGCCCUUUGAUGGACAGAACCUGAAGGAGCUGAGGGAGCGCGUGCUGAGGGGAAAGUACCGCGUUCCCUUCUAUAUGUCCACAGACUGUGAGGGGAUCCUUCGCCGAUUUCUGGUGCUCAACCCCGCCAAACGCUGCACCCUAGAGCAAGUCAUGAAGGACAAGUGGAUAAAUACAGGGUAUGAGGGGGACGACCUGAAGCCCCAUAUAGAACCAGUUGAAGACUACAGUGACCCAGCUCGCAUAGAGGUGAUGGUCGGGAUGGGCUUCACUCCAGAGGAAAUCAAGGACUCUCUGCUCAAUCAGAAAUACAACGAGGUCACUGCUACCUACUUACUGCUGGGCCGCAAAGGCGAUGAGGCCAGUGAGGCUCGCACAGCUAGUAGCCUAUCCCUGGCGAGGGUACGACCCAGCCCCAUCACCAACGGGACCAAUAAGCACUCCUCGGCCGCUGGCUCCUCUUCCUCCUCCACCUCCUCCUCACAUAGCAAGACCCAGCGCAGUGCCUCCACCUACCACAGGCAGCGACGACACAGCGACUUCUUCCUCCACAACAAAGGCGGCCCUUCCAUGCCCGUCAUGCACCCCAAACGGAGCCCGACCAGCACGGGCGACCGGGAGCUGCGGGAGGGACGAAUGCCUUCACGUAAGGCCAGUUGCAGCGUGAUGGGGAGCCACAGCCUCCCUCCCUCCAGCCCAAUGGUCAGCAGUGCCAACAACCCCAACAAGUCUGAGAUCCCAGACCGCCGCAAAGACAUGACUGCCACCACAAAUAACAUCCCUGGAAGUGCCAUGACACGCCGGAAUACAUAUGUGUGCACGGACCGCUCGGGCGCUGACAGACACUCUCUUCUGCAGAAUGGCAAAGACAACAGCUCCCUGGGACACCGCAUGCCUGCAGCGUCUCCCUCCACGCUCAGCAUUGCUGGGGCCGGAGCUGCCUCCUCCUCUUCCUCUUCGGACCGGUGCCGCCUGACCCGAGGCUCAACAAUCCGCAGCACCUUUCACGGGGGACAGCUGAGGGACCGCGGGCCCCCGGUCUACUCAGCCCCACCCACUUCACCAACCUUGUCCCACCAUGACGCCAGCCCUCUGCCCCACGCCCGCACCAGGGCAACCUCCAACCUCUUCACCAAGCUGACCUCGAAACUUACUCGCAGGGUCAACCUUGACCCGUCCAAGCGCCAGGGCUCAAACAAAUCAGUCUCGGGUUGUACUCUUCCACAAGGAUCAAAAACAGUUAGUAAGUUCCCAUGUCUCUCGCUUCUUUCUUGUCUGCCCAUGCUGCCCCAUCUGCUGCCUGAUCACACAGGAAGUCCAUAACUGCCUGCCUGACUUUUUCUUAUAACUAUCUGAAUUAUUGCCUGUCUGCAUGACUUGUUAAUCAUCUUCAUACUGUCAAGCUCCCACACACUUGGUUUCAAGCAUGGUUGCAAUCAAGGAAGAUUCAUUAGAUUUUUUUGUUUUUAACUUUCAGUUUCAGGAUCAUUGUCAUCGUCAGUAGAGACUGGUGCAUAAAUGGCGUUUUAUGUUUUCAUUUUGUGUUUGUGGUUAAUGAUCAUUGAAUGUUUAUUAUGUGUUUGGAAGAAUGGAUGGGAGUGUGUAGCACUAUGCACAGAAGUGAUGAAAAGUCACACUUUUACAUCUGCAUGCUACAGAAUUGCGAGUAGGGCUUCAACUAACAAUUUUCAUUCUCGAUUAAUCUGUUGAUUGUUUUAUCGAUUUAUCAAUUAGUUGUUUGGUCUUUAAAAUGUCGGAAAAAUGUAAAUGUGCGUUCCUGUAAGGUGAGGACGUACUGUUCUGCACAUCACAUGUUUGUUGUUGUUUAUGCUUGCUUUGAAUUCCAUCUUAUCUGAGAGUUGUGGGUUGAUCAUAAGGCUCUUUGUUUUAGAUUACCUUAUUUUGCCU